UCACUCAUUAAUUUCUUGGAAGUAAAUACUAGAAAAUUAAAUUUUGGACUAAAUAGAUACUUAAUCUGAUUCAGAUAGAUGAUGUUUGAGUGUACAUGCAUAUCUGCUCUGGCUUUUUAAAAGAUAAGUAGAUGUGGCACAAGUUCUUCAGAGAUCAGAUCAGAUUUCAAACCAUAAACAUUUCAGAAUUUAAGCAUCUACAUUAUUUUUCCUGCUUUUAUUUGUUUUGUGUUUUUUCUUUCCUAAUUAGAUCUCCAGAUCACACAAAAUUUGUGGGAAGUUUCAAAACAAAACAAGACUUUAUAGAUUUGAUAGAGGUGAUUUACCGUGGAGCAAUGCGUGGAAAACUCAUUGUACGAAGUCCAAUUGAUCCAAAGAAUAUUCCCAAGUAUGAUCUUCUCUACCAGGACAUUUAAAUACCUCAUCUGCAGAAGAAUGAGACUGCUUAUUCAUAAGGCUGAUUGUUCUGAGUCUUCUUUGAAUGUGCAUGCCACUGUCUUUAGGAUCAUAUUGAUCACCCACCCUCCAGGGAGACAGACAUUCUGUCAUUUGUUCCUUUUCCGAAUAAAGUUAUGUACAUAAAGUAA